AUGGCACUCGACAAUUUCCCACGACCAUCAAGUUUCAAGGCAUACGGAAAGGAGACGACAGUGCUAAGCUACCGCGAUUCUCGUGGACGCGGUCCAUUGUUUGCAUCUUUUGACGGUAGCCGUCCAAAUCUGGCCGUCGUGGAGCCUGGUCAGGAUGCCGAGGAUGCCGCAGGUGCGGGCAUCUUUGAGCAGAUCAGAAUGAGUUUGUCAAGACAGCGGCAGCCGCAUAACCCGGUUCUGGAGCUGAAGGCGUUGUGGAUGCAGUCGGGAGGGUAUGAUUGGGAUUUGUGCGAUGCUGAGGCGUUGGAGAAGCUUUCUGCGUCUCCGGAAGCGAGAUCGAUUUACAUGUCCUCUGGAAACUGGCUCUCAGUGGAGGACAAUUUUGUCGUCCAGUCGUCUGAACAUGACUCCGGGCUACGUGCGAUUCAAGUUACCUCUGAAGCUCCCGAAUGGACACCAGCUAACAUGAUUUAUCACAUCUACACCAUUUUUCCGGACACAUAA